CCAAGGGUUGACGGUUGAAAUAGAUUUCUUGCGGAAAUGAAAAACUUGUUAAGCUACGGCUUUGUAUUAAUCAUUGCUGUGCUCAAAAGGUCGGAUAGUGAAAAUAAUUCGUCUGCGGUUAACAAUGAAAAAAGCUACUGGAACAAAAAUACUCAACAUACUGUCUGGGUACGGAACAACCCGUACUUGAGAGCUCGUACACAAAUAAAGGCAGAAGAACUGUGGGAAAAAUAUUCAAAUAUGAAAAUAAGAGUUGGAGUUUGCGAGCAAACGGUUAAGCAUAUCGAGUUUCAGUUAGCACAACAGCUUCUCAGGACUGAAUGGUGCGAGAACGUGACUCGAUCUAGAGACCACACGAUUGAGUUGCAGGAUACGUUUAUCGAUAAACUGCGGUUGGAAAUUAAAAACUUAAUUAAGCUAAACACUCAACUGAAAGAGAAACUGGCUGAGUAUAAAGUAAAAUUGAAAGAAUCACAAUCAUCGAGUUGUAUAGGUAAAUUGACCGAUAUUUACGAGAUCAAAGUGCCUGGCAUCGAAUCAUUUCCGGUGCUCUGUGACUCGAGUUUGGCCGGCUCCGGUUGGACUGUCAUACAGAGGCGCCAGGAUGGAAGCGUUAAUUUCAACAGAAACUGGGACAAUUAUCGUCACGGAUUUGGUGAUAUGCAUGGGGAGUUUUUCAUUGGACUUGAGAAGCUGCACAUUCUUACCAAGUCGCAAACACACGAACUAUAUAUAUACCUUGAGGACUUUGAAAAUGAACAACGUUAUGCCCGAUACAGUCAGUUUAUGAUAGGCGGCGAGGAAACUGGUUUUAAAUUAAUCUCGCUCGGUUCAUAUUCCGGAGACGCUGGCGAUGCAAUGAAAUGGCAAAGAAACAUGAGGUUCACAACUUCUGAUUCGGAUAAUGACAACAACAUGAAUAAUUGCGCUUCAAAAUGGAAAUCUGGCUGGUGGUUUGACGACUGUUUUGUUACUAAUCUAAAUGGACUAUUCACUACAAACGCAGUUAAUUUAUCUGAACCUGGAAUUAAGUGGAACACAUGGCAUUAUAAAUCUCUGAAAUUUGUUCAAAUGAUGAUAAGACCAAUAAUGAAUUGAUAAGGUUGAAUACAAUAAUCAAACAAAUUAUUGUUC